AAACCAAACCAAUACAGAGAGAAGAGAGAAAUAAAGAGAGAGGGAGAGAGAGAGAGAGAGAGAGAGAGAGAGAGAGAGAGACAGAAUCAAAAUGGUCUUCAUCCGGCUAAUCAUAAAAGUCUACCCACGGGAACAACUCUCGCGCCCAUUCCCAACCCCAAACAGGAAAUCAUUCAACACCACCACCGAAUCCGAAACGAAGCCCGCGUCCUUCCUCCUCGCGCUCCCUAACCCGGAAGAAAUCACGCUCGGCCAGCUGGCCGGCCUGAUCCGGUCGAAAUGGACCAAACUCCGUCCCAAUGCCGAGCCCCUCGAUAUCAAGAAAUUGCUGGAUGAUAGUCGCGACACGGUCGAUUUGGAUGUGGAUAUGACGGUUGCCGAUGUGUGGGUGAAUCAGGCGCGUGCGAAACGCGAUGAGGAUGAUCAGGUCGGGACGGUGAGGGUUGUGCAGAGGCCUGCGGCGUACGCGCCUGUUCGGUUUCCUUCUGUGGAUCAGGAUUGGGGAGUUGGUAGGGAGGAGAAGUUUACGGGGAAGUUUGAGACGAUUCAGGAGGCCGGGGAGAGUGAGACUGAUAGUGGGAGUGGCAGUGAGGAAGAGGAAGAGAGUGAGAGUGAGAAGAAGAAUUUGAUCGAAUCGCGGGCUAUGGAAGUGGAUGGCCAGGACGAUGAAGAAAGUGAAACUGAUGAGAGUGAAGAGGAGGAGAGUGGAAGCGAGGAAGACGAGAAUGAGAAAGUCAAUGGACGCGCGAAUGAGGAAGAGGAGUCCGGGGAGGAAGGUGAGAGCGAAGAAGAAUCGGCCCCCGACAACGACGUCCGCAUGGAGGAUAGCUUGCCCGAAACGCGAGUGCUCAAGAGAAAGAUGAGCCCCGAGGAGCUCGAGCCCAAAAAGCAACCCCGUUUGGCACAAUCGAGCCAGGCGACUGAAGCGGACGCCGAGAACGUUAAUGGAGCCCCGGUUACCAGUCCCUUGGGGACGCGCAAGCGCAACGCUGAUAGAGCGCCGUCGUUCUCUGGAGUUGGUCGACGUUUGAGCUUUACAGAGAGGCCGGCCCUGUCACAUGGCCUUGGUCUGGAUUCUACACAAUCCGAGUCUGUUCCGAAUGACGCAAGAUUGUCACCUACAUCUGUUCCCCCGAGUAGCGCACCACCUGCUAUCCGUCGCAGCUCGGGCAAUCAGCACCCCUCAACCCCGGCCAAGUUACAAACCCCGGCAGAUAAGGUCAGACUACUCCAAUCCGCUCUCCGGAAGGACUCCCCCGCCGAACGGUCCCCCGAACGCCGAUCCGUGUCCUUCGCCGAAGGAGAAGACCAUGCCAUUCCUACCUCCGUCCCUGUCACGAGGGCCACUGCCCGGGUUACCAAUGAGAAGCAGAAGAAUGGGACCAACUCCGGCUCCAAGCCGGCUCCCCCAGAGCCAGAAGAACCGUCGGAUGAAGAAGAGGGCCAGUCGGAAGACAAGGAAAUGGAGUUCAGCAAGGAGCUGAACAUGGAGAUAAACGAGUACGAAAGGGAACUCCAAACGAACGACCUGGAUGAGAAGUCCGAAUACACUCGCAAAGUGAAAUUGGCAGCAAAGAAAUGGCAGAUUAUGAAGAACAACAUGAACAAGGGCCGGAGAAGAGAGCAAGAGAGGUACAAGAACGCAGUUAACGAACUCAAGGACCUACACCCCCAGAUUGUCGAGCUCAAGGAGUUCAACAAACCACCCUCCCAACGCCCCAAGUCCCAGAUACCGAAUGGCACUCCAGCUACAAGAAAGCUCUCCCGAGAUCCUACCAGUUCGCAGAAUCGAAGAUCCCAGGAUCCCUGGGACGUUGAAAUCUUAACUCCGAAUGCGAACUCCAAAAAGCUUAUUCCGAAAAACCACCCGUCCUCACAGACCAGUCGCAAGUCUUCAGAACGCGAAGAAGCCCAACCCCAAGAUCAAAAGAAACGACAAUGGAGCGUCGAAAUCCCAACAACUAAGACUAGCAGUAGCUUAGAAAAACAGCCAGAGCCUAGGAAACUAUCCCAGGAGAGACCUCCAUCUCCCCCCACAGAAUCCGAAUCCGAAUCAGAAUCAGAAAAGUCCGGAUCCGAAGAAGAAAACACGUCGGAGCACAAGAAACCAUCCUCACAGGAGAAGCCACCAUCCCCACCCGCAGAGUCCGAGUCGGAAGAGGAAUCCGGCUCCGAGGAAGAGGAAGAUAACACCGCACCAAGCCAGCCUAACUCCCCGGCCAAACCGUCUCCCCAAGUUAAGGUAUCUGUACCUGAGCCCGUCCCGGAGCCCGGCUCGGACUCAGAACAACAAUCCGGCUCCGAGGAAGAGGAUGAGGAUGAGAAAGACGAAUCUACAGACGAAGAAAGCGAGAAUGAAGACGACAACAACAAACGCGAAGAAAAGGAAGGAGAAAUAGUCCAAGAACCAGAAACACAAGAAGACGAUAUAGUCCCAGAAACAGAAGAGCGAGAGCAAGAAACCACAACCCAGGCCCAACCCAAUCCACCACCAACAGAAACACCCUCCAACAAACCCGACCCAGCCGCCGAAGAAACUGACUCCAACACGGACGAAGAAGAAGAAUCAGAUGACGAAUCCGAAAAAGAAAACCACCACCCUCUCCCCAAAUCAACCCCAACAACUAAAGCCAACGUCCCUCGUCGCACAAGUCUCAAUCCCCCUUCAUCACAACCGAACCCGCCCUCCAGCCAGCAGCAACCAACCUCCUCCCAAUCAACUCCCACAGGCUCCCGACCAACCCGCAAUACCCUCAAAACCCUCCUCUUCCAACAGCGCGCAGAGCAGGCACAGGCGCGUUUGAAGAAAGAGGAGGAGGCGGCGAAACGGAAUAACCAACCGCGUAAGGAUAUCUUCUCAGGGCCGGAUAGUGAGUCCGAGGAUGAGGACGAGAGCGACAGUGACAGCGAGAGUGAUAGUGAGAGUGAGAGUGAGAGCGAUAGUGGCGCGGAUGCGGGGGAUAUCUUGUCAAGUGGGACGAUAGGGAAGUUAAGGACCGCUUUGCCGCGGAAGUGAGCGUUUCUUUUUCCUUGCUUUUUAUUCUUUGUGUUGUUCUAGUAGUUUGUUUGUCAUUGUAUACUUUGUUUUCUUUCUUGGAUGCAGGUCGUUGUUCGUUGGGUAUUGUAUCUAAUUGAAUCUGAGCAUAUUUUAGUACCUGAUAGUUAGGUAUGAAUCAAAGGAAUAUGCU